UCCAAAUGACCGGAAACCCACGAAAUUCCCUUCCUCACUUUCCUCGUUUAUCUAUUUCUUCUUCUUCUUCUUCUUCUUCUCUUUCUUGCUGAUCCAGUACGUCGCCUGCUUAUCUUAACGAAAUGGAUGCGUCGCCGAUCAACAGAUUACCAGAAGACACACUUCACCAGAUCUUCUCAUCUCUUUCGCUCCGUCAAAUCAUGAUCUGUCGAUCAGUCUGCAAGUUUUUCAAUCAGAUGUUGACUUCAGUACCCUUCAUGGACCUCAUCUCCACUAAACCUCCUCUUCGUUUCCUUGCUUUACGGCCUCCUCAUCACCACCAUCACCACCACCACCACCACCACAACCAUCAUCGCCAAGUGUCUCCUCCGCCUUCUCUCCACGUAUACGACCCCGAGCAAAGCCAGUGGAUUAGAUUUAAUUUAGGCUUUUUACCUUUCAGGUCUCCGCACCCUGUAGCAUCAGCUGGUGGACUCGUUUAUUUUUGGGGCGACUCACCUAACUCGACCGAGUCAAACAAGUCUCUUGUGGUCUGUAAUCCGUUGACUCGUCAGUUCAAGGUUUUACCUCAGCUAGGCUCGGCCUGGUCGAGACACGGUGCUGUUUUGGUAGACUCAGCGAACCGAGUUAUGGUACUUACUGAACUCGCUGCUUUAUAUUUAGCAAACACAAAUGCAAAUUCGUGGCUAACUUUCUCUGCAAAUCUUCCAUCAAAACCUAGAAGUCCGAUUUUAGUUUCAGAUUCGGUUUUCGCUUUAUGUGAUGUUGGGUCUCCUUGGAGAUCUCAAUGGAAACUCUUUACAUGCAAGUUAUCGAAUCUGAAUUAUCCAAACAAUCUCAAAAACAGCAACACGUCGUCGUGUUCGUCGAAUCAUAAUCGUUGGGUUUGCUUGGAAAAGCACGAGUGGGCUGAUCUGUUUGAUAUCAUAAAACGGCCCCGUCUGGUUCGUGGGAAAGGGAAUAAACUUUUGAUGAUUGGAGGGUUGAAAUCGACAUUCUCAUUGAACCCUUCGUGUUCGACGAUAUUGAUAUUGAGGUUAGAUUUGGAGAGAUUAGAAUGGGAGGAAGCUGGAAGAAUGCCAAUGGAGAUGUACAAAUGUUUUAAGGAGUCAAGUAAGCUGAAGGUGUUUGGUAAUGGUGAUAGAGUUUGUUUCUCAGCCAAAAGGGUGGGCAAAUUGGCUCUAUGGAUUGAUUGUGGUGGAGAAAGGACCAUCUGGAGGUGGAUUGAUGGGGCGCCUGGUUGUGGUGGUGGAGAUGGACUUUGGAGAGGGUUCGUAUUUGAAGCCAGACUUGCUGCAUUGCCUUGAACUGAUAUUGUUGAUAUCAAGCUUAAUUCAAGGGAGGACUCCAGGAGCUUCUGGAAUGUGAACAUGGAUUCUUUCUGUAUAGUGACAUGCUAAUGCAGUAUCAAUCAAUGAGAACCCUUGAAUGAAAUAAAAGCCAUGUUACUGAAUGGUUUUUCUUUGUCUUCUUGCUUUAAAUAGAUUACUAGUUCAGCAGCCAUGUUUGUUUAAAAGCCCAGUUGGAGUCUUCAGCAGUCUGGACUCCUCAUAUGGAACAUCAGUCUGAGGACUGUUUGAUCCAUCGUCACAUUUUCAAUACUCAUCUCAAUACUGCAGUCUGAUCAUAUAUGAAGUAAGCUUUUGGCUUUUCCACAAAAAUAUCAUGGACAAAAUAGUCUUGCAUUGCAUGCUAUCUUGAGCUAAAGUUAUUGCUUUCUCUGUUUGGCAAUCUGAAGCAAUUUCAGAGCUGCAUUCUUGUGCAAUAUUUUUAGUUGGAUAUGCAUGAUUGGGUGGAGUAAACUGAUACUUCAUUCGUUGUAUUUGGUAAAAUGAUUCAUUAGAAAAUUAUUUUUGUUGGAAGACUGCUAGCACAAAUUUGAGAAUUUUUUGUAUUUGGAUUUGAUCACUCACGUACAUGUGCAUUAUUUUCGUGUAUGCCCAGAUGCAUUCAAUAUUUUCUCCAGAAAUUUGGAAAGUGAGGACUUUUUUUAAUGGGUUUGGCCCAGAAUUUUUUUAUCCAAUAGGUUUGCUCCAUUAGUCGUUGAACUAAGUCCAAAUGUUGAUGGGCUUUGAAGAUUGAAUUUGAAUUUCAAUAUGGCCAUUGUUUGUAGUAGUUCUCUUUUAGUAUUGGAAAUUUUUGGUUGGAAGUUCGAACUAACAUUAUUUGAAUUUCUCUAGAGCGUUUUACUAUUGUACAAAAUAUUCUUAUCUGUGUAGUAUUACAUUGUCUCAUUCUUCUAUUUAGUUUGAAUUUCAUUUACUGUUUAGAAUCCGAAAUUUGAUGUAUUUAGGUGGAUAUUAUUAUUAGAUAAAUUAUAUAGAAAUGAGGAUUAGGCUA